UUUAAUUCAAUUAGUAACUAUUAUUUUACAUGUUGCAUUGACCAAUAUGUUCAGGCUACAUCAGACUCCCAUCUCACAUCCUUGGAGUUUUACCCAGAUCAUUGCACAGGACACAAGACUCUCCUCUGUUCGUUCAAUAACAAACUUGGCAAAAGAUUUCAUAUAUCAGAGAUUAUUGCUUCCCAACAAGAGAUGGAAUUUGGUACCAAGGGAAGAAUCUAUAAGCUACAAACUGCCAAUGGUUGGACAUAUGAUGGUUGCAAUUCGUGUACAACUAAACCAAGAGUUCGAAAUGGUCAACUUUAUUGCGGUGGAUGUAAAACAUAUAUAAUUGAAAUGGGUCCCAAGUUUAGGGUUCACUACAUUGUUGCUAAUAACACGAGGGAGAUAUCUGUUGCUUUCUUUGAUAGACACAUGACAGAACUUUUGGAUACAACUACUUCAACCCUCAAAGAUGCACUGAAGCAGUACAGGAACACAAGUCUCAAGGUCUCUCAAUUUAGUCGAGAUGAGGACGAACUAAAAUCGUUCACUUAUACAGAUGAACAGGUUCUAAAACAUAGUGACAUGAAGGAGGCUUCACAGACACAAUCAUGUCAGGUGUCCGACACAGAUGCCAUGCAAACAACUCCAGAUACUUGUCCAUCUAUAGGGUUUACAAGUAAGGCUUUACCUAUCUUAGACCUUGAUUCCAAUGACUUACCAAUUGCAAACCUGUUCAACACACCUGCUUCUAAAGGUAAAAAAAGGGAUUCAUGUAAGACUUUGACCAAUGACGGAGAACUUGUUGGUAUAUCAGAGAUGAAAACUCCAAAGCUCUUGACAACCAAACCUGCCAGAAUUAUCAAAAAAAGAGAGAGACCUAGAUCAUUUGCAAUUAACCAGUGUCAUUAUGUCUUGUGCAUUUUCUGUUAUGAGAAUCAUUGUUCAAGUUCUUCACAAACUAUUAUGUUCUUGAGUUCUAGAAUUCCAUGCUUUUUUUUAUGUCACUUGUUUGUCAAUCAUGUUCCUUUUUGUGCAAUUAUGAUCGUGCAAUGACUUUGAAAGUUUCAGUUGCUAUCUAUUUCAUAACCUU